AUAAUAAUUAUGAUUUCGUAUAUCUACGAAUCAAUAUUUUCUCUUAUUCAAGGUAUCUAAAUCGAAACAUGGUGUGAAAGAGAAAUUAAAAUACGAUUCUGGAGAACUUUAUUCGUAUAAUCUCUGACAAAUAUGGAUAUAUUGUUUGUUAUUUAUUAAGUUACUUAUUAGAUAUAGAAAAUAUACUUAUAUUACCAUUACUGUUUUUGUUAUUGAGUACGAAUGAUUCGUCGCAAGUUUAAGUUCAUAAACCUUAAAAAUGUAUAUUUUUCGAAGAAAAUUUAUCGCUAUUAUAUGAUUUGUACUUCGAUAUUUAUUGCAAAGCAAUUUGAAAUGAAUGAUAGAAUAAUUCACCGUUGUAAUGACACAUACAUACAUUGAAAUCAUGAACUAGUUUCGCAGCUAAAGUACUUAUUACAAAUUCCGUAUCUUUUUUCUGAUAAAUUUGUUUUACAUUUAUUUGUUAUGUGGGUUGUUCAGAAAGUAAUUUCGUUUUUUCCCGACAGAACAUUUAAUUGUAUUUUUUUGCACCCAACGUCACACUUAAGCCGCAUAAUCAUUAUAUGUUUUGAGAGUUGAUAUAGCAAGGUUUGUGUGUGAAAAAGUCCAAUUGAUUCUACGCAGUAGUUUUUGGUUGGUGCCCUUUUAAAUAUGGAGAGCAAUAAGCAGCAUUUUCGUCAUAUUUUACUUUUUUACUAUAGAAAAGGUAAAAAUGCUGUUCCAGCCAGAAAGAAUUUAUCCAAUGUGUAUGGAGAAGAUGUGUUGACAGUACGCCAGUGUCACAAUUGGUUCGCAAAAUUUCGAUGCGGCAAUUUUGAUGUCGAAGAUGCAUCACGUUCUGGAAGGCCGGUUAAAGCUGAUAAAGACACGAUAAAAGCAUUAGUUGAUACAAACCGCCGAAUAACAACACGUGAGAUUGGUGAGAGUUUAAAUUUAUCAAAUUCAACUGUUUAUGACCACUUUAAAGGCCUGGAUUUAACCUCGAAACUCGAUAUAUGGAUUCCCCAUAUUCUCACGGAGAGAAAUUUGUGUCGUCGCGUUGACAUUUGUAAUUCGUUUCUCAAACAUCACGAAAAUAAUUACAAUUUUUGAAGCGCAUCAUUACUGAGGACGAAAAAUGUAUAUAACAAUGUCAAACGCAAGAGAUCAUGGAGCAAAAAAGAUAAUACAACAAUUAAUUCGGAAGGCUACUGUCAUCAGCUGGACAAACUGAAUGAUGCACUUCAAUAGAAAAGGCUAGAAUUAAUCAACAGAAAAGGUGUAGUGUACCUCCAAGAUAAUGCGAGAUCUCAUACAAGUUUGGUCACUCGCCAAAAGCUUUUACAGCUUGAAUGGGAUACAAUGCCACACUCACAAUAUUCUCCAAAUCUGGUACCUUCGGAUUAUUAUUUAUUCCGGUCACUGCAAAAUUUUUUAGACGGUAAUACCUUCAUUUCAAAUGAGAAGGUCAAAAACCACCUCGAUUAGUUUUUUACCUGCAAAGACCAAAUAUUUUA